AUGGAUUCUAUAUGUAUCGUGGUGUCUCCUUUGAUAUCAUUGAUGCAAGAUCAAGUGGCAUCUUUGCGUAAAAGGGGGAUCGAAGCAAUUCAUAUUGGUGCCGACACUACUUCGCAAGAAGGGGAUGAUGUUAAAAGCGGAAAAUAUAAUUUGAUAUUUGCCAGUCCCGAGGCACUGCUGAACAAACAUCGAUAUAUCUUUCGUGGAAAACUUAAAGAUUCUCUUAGAGCUGUGUUUGUGGAUGAGUGUCAUUGUAUUGCAAAGUGGUUAGUAUUCACUGAUUUUUGUUUUUGAAUCUGAAAUAUAUAUAUAUAUAAUUAUUAUAUAAACGUAUUGUACUUGCUGUACGCCUAUAAUAGAGUCGACUUUAAUAAUUUAAAAUUUAUAUUUUUAUUCGUUAAUAAUUUUUAUAAUAAUUUUAAAUGCAAAUGUAACUUUUAUAUGUAACAUACUAACAUGGGUGGCAUUUAGAGGAACUUGGAGGGCCACCGCCGGGAUACCCCCUCAGAAAUGUAUUUGUUGCCAAUAUGUAUACAACAAUUUGCAAACCAAAAUGUGAAUUCCCUGUUUGUCAUGUUAUGUUUGUAGUUGAACUGGAUAAAAAAUUAACAGUUGUCCUUAUUUUUUUAAACUGUUUGAGAGGGUAUGACUUUACAUCCUUGCCCCCCUGUAUUUGCAUCAUUCAUUUCAGCAGAGAUAGGUAGUACUAUUAUAGUUUAGAAAUUUGGAAUCAAAAUAACUUCUGAAAUAAUAACAUGCAUUAUGUUUGUGUUUCAUUUACUUUAUAGGGGUGAAGACCAUGCUGGCAAGGAAGCACCAUUCAGAGUUGAUUAUUCUCGACUUGCUGAACUUCGAUCACUAUUGAAGAAAGAAGUGCCAUUUAUAACACUUACAGCUACUGCAACUAAAAGUACUAAGAACAUUAUUAUUAAUAGUUUGUGCAUGAAAGGUUGUGUGGAAAUUUUGGCCAAUCCUAAUCGACCCAGUACACGUUACUCAGUUGCUGUUAUAGAUAUUGAUGAUCUUUAUUCAUCAUUCAGUUGGUUAAUUGAGCAGUUACAGAACCACAAUGUCAAUACGCCCAAGGUAGUAAUUUUUUGCAGACGAAAACAACACAUGAGAGAUUUGUUUGAACUUUUCAGUGUCUGUUUGGGUGGUAAGGCUUACUAUAUGCCUACUGGUACAGAGCCCAAAGAUGACAGAAGUCGUUUAUUUGCCAUGUAUCACAAAAUGACAGACAAGCAUGUAAAACGAACUGUUGAGGAAGAGUUUUGCAAACCAAAUGGGAGUGUUCGUGUGCUUUUCUGUUCCAUUGCCUUUGGAAUGGGAGUAAAUGUAAGGAAUAUUUAUCUUGACAUACACCUUGGCCCAUCAGGAGAUAUAGAUGACUAUCUUCAAGAAACAGGAAGAGUAGGUAGAGAUACAUCUCAGAUCAGCCAUGCAGUGUUAUUAAAGUUUAAAGGCUGCACUGCAAGCAAGAACAUCACAAAGGAGAUGAAAUGCUAUAUUAAUAAUGAUACCAUGUGCAGAAGGGAAAUUCUUUUAAGGGCAUUUGGUCAUACAUCAGAAGAUAGAGUAUUGCAUGCAUGUUGUGAUAUAUGUGCACGGAAUUGUAAAUGCUUGUGUGAUUGCAAGAAAAAUGAUUGUACAUGUUCAACAAAAUGUUUACAUAAUGAAUACCUAUCUGAAAUGGAGAAGCACCUAUUAAAUAUUUGCCAGGAAAAUGCUGCAUCAAAAUCCACAGCAAAGGUCAAUAAUGUCACACAGAAGAAUGCUGCAAGACUAAGAACAUAUCUUUUUGACUUAAGGUUAACAUUAACAAGUAGUUCAGGUACUUCAAAUGCAAGUAAUGAAGUCAAUCUUCUCACAGGAAUCGAUAUAACUACAGGUUAUAGUAAAAGUCUCAUUGACAGUAUUGUGAAGAACAUAAACUAUAUAAAAGACAAAUCUUACCUGAGCGAUAACUUUCCAUUCUUUUCAAAUGAGCAUGUUAAAAGAACAUGGGAAAUAAUAGAACUUGUGCUGGAUAACAAUGACUCAGAUGAUGAUGAUGAUGAAAGUGAUAAUGUUAUCAAUGAGACCUGUCCAAUUCAGGUAUGUAAUUCUGAAACUGGCUAUUCAUCACCUUGUAACAGUAUCAAUAGUGAUAAUAGCACCGAAGAAUUUUCAGAAGAAUCAGAUUAUUAA